AUGGCGACCACAAGCGAGAUUGCACCCAGCAUGGGUGACCCCCAUGCUGCCAUUGCGGUGGCCAGCAUGACUGCUUCCUUAGUUGAUCUUUGCUAUCGGAUCGUCACUGAGGCCGAUCAAGGUCCCUAUCGACUGCGUCUUCUCCUUGUCCUCAGCCUCUGCCAACAAGCUCCUCUAUCAGUUGGGCCCAAGACUUUGGGUCCGCCCGUCGAGCCCUCCAGCCGGCGGUAUCUUAUGCUGCUUCUAGCCCGUCAGGGACUCGCCCACGCCUUUCUUAGCAAGCAUUUUCUGACACUCACGCGCUGGUUGAAGGAGGACACUGCCCUGUCCCUUGCCGCCUUUCCAACCUUGAGCAAUGUGGCCGAUAAUAUCCCCCACAGCAUCGAGCCAAUCCACGUGCAGGAGGCCAUGGGCCACGUCAGCCGAAGCUUUGCGCGUGCUCCACCUCAAGUAUCGGAGAAUGGGCGUACUGUGCCCAUGAAAGAUCUCAACGGCGAUGCUUCCAUGAGCCCUUUCACGCCGCUGUGUCUAGGCAAGACGUAUGAGAAUGAGCAUCUCAACUCCAUUCAAAGUUUUAGUGGCCUACGCAAGUGGCUCAAAUUUUUUGCACGGCCAUCUGAGCUGUCUCACGAUGAAGGCCAGCCUGCCCUCUACCUGAUUGCCACGACCCGGGAUGCCUGCAUUGAAAUUGUGACGCGUAUCAUCGACCAGCUUCUUUCUACCUCAAGCAAUGACUGGGCCAAACUAGGUGCUUUGGAUGCCGAAUUCGCUUUUGCCGCCCUAUCUGAGGCCCUUCUGCUGCUUCAAGAACUCAUGCGUUUGGAUGAGGAAUUUGUUGUGGACGCCGUCCCUACGCUGCAACGUGUCCUUGAUCGCGCUCGCUGCGUAGGUCGUGCGGAAACUGCGCUGGGUUGGGCAAACGCCGAACUGCUCUGUCUUCGCGUCUUGCUAUCUCACGACGAGAAGAGCACCAUGAUUGACUGUUUGAGCGCACUAGAUGACAUCUUUACUCAAAAACACGGACGCCACAUGCGUGACCCAUACUUUGCUGGUGCUCUCAUGGCGCUCGUGACAGACUUUAUCGACCUUCUCAGCGCCAAGGGCAUCGUCGAUAAAUACUGCCCGGCAAUUUUCAAGCUCUUGGCUUGGCAUCCAGUGUUGCUUUUGCGCAAUUUUCAGCUCAUUCUGCCAAUGUUGCUCAAUGACCAGAGCUGUCUGGAGGUGCUGCAUCUCAUUCUCGACCUCCCUUGCGUCACCGGCGCCUUGGUGAUGCUGACGGGCACCAAGCUUGAGGCUCUGGCAGCGAAAUCGGACAAUCCUCACCUGGCUCUGCCCUUGCUGAAUUAUAUUCUGCGCGAUGAGGGGGGCUUGGGCGGCACGAUUGAUCGACUUAAAGAGCUUCAUGCGUUGCUCCUGCCAGCUGCCACCAACGCCCGGGUAGUCAAGACGGCCUCAGUUGUCCACUCGCUGCUGGACAUUUACUUUGAGGCCUUGCUUCGCGAUGCGGGAGACCAGAUUCUCGGCGAGGUGGUGCUGUUGAUGUUGGAGCGGAUUGUGACCAUUUAUCAGGCCUGCAACCUGAGCAUCACUAUUCAGGGCGUGUUCAGCCGGAUGCUGCUCGAGCUGUUCUAUCGUCACCCUUCGCUCCUCUUAGACUUGCGAGAGGACCUGUUGGAGUUUCUCAACAACCGGCAAAACAUGGCCAAUGGACGCGAAGAGUUCUUCUCACACCUUGUUUGGAUUGUGGGCGAGUACGCGUCGCCCCAGCUAGACGAGCGUUGCGACACUAGCAUUUUCUUAAUAUUCCAUGAAGCUCUGGAGACCUUUGCCUACGAGCUCAACAGCACCGUCAAGGACCACCGCAGCACGGGCGCCCAGCAUCCAAUGCAAAUUCUGUGCAUGCUUAUGAUGGCCCUGGCCAAGCUGGCCACCCGUUGUCCAGAGCUGCGGCCUCGUGUUGCUCUCAAUCUGAAAAAGAUACACAGCACGUUUUCUGAGGGGCGCAGUGAGGAUGAACUCCCAUACAUCGAUGUGGUACAUCGAGCCCGCGUCCUCGCCAAUAUUCUCAAGCAGCCUGCCGUUGCCGAAGCCGUGCUCAAUGUGCCGCCCUUACCUCCUCACGAGCAAGAAGAUUUGCAUGGGCGCACCAUGCUCGAUGCAGCCAGCGUCAUUGCUGCUGCCGAGUGCAAGUCGUAG